AUGGCGGCGAGGAGGCAUCAUGCGGUCCCCGGGGGCGGAGAGGACAGUGACAGUGACGAUUCGUGGAGCUUUGACAGCCAUCAGGAGACGAGCAAGUUGGACAUUGAAAGCAGUGAAGAAUCUCUUAAGAAUGCUCUCACUUCAGGAAAUGUGAAGUUAGUUGAAAAUCUCCUGGAUUCAGGAAUAAAUGUUGAAUGUGGCUUCCAGUUUGGUUGGACUCCUUUGAUGUAUGCUGCUAGUGUUGCGAAUUUGGAAAUGGUACGUGUUCUUCUCGAUAGAGGUGCUAAUGGAAACUUUGAAAGAGAUAACUUUACUGCACUUAUGGCUGCAUGUACUGCGCGGGCAUCUGAGGAAAAUAUUGUGAAGUGUGUUGAUUUGCUGCUUUCAAGAAAUGUGAACCCAAAUGUAUGCUGCAGGAAGAAAAUGACUGCGGUUAUGCUUGCUGCUUGUGAAGGUCACACAAAAGUAGUUACACAACUGGUUGCCCAUGGUGCAGAUAUAAAUGCACAGGAUGAGAAUGGCUUUACAGGAAUGACAUGGGCUGCCCAUACUGGACAUAAGAACACAGUUUUAAAGAUGUUGGAACUGGGAGCUGACAUAAGGCUAUCAACUAAAGGUGGAAAUACAGCAGCUGAUAUAGCUAGGCAAAACAACCAUUUAGAGAUUUUUAACAUCCUUUCAUUUUCUGGAAAUCUAAGUAAUGGAAAAUUAAACUUGAGUAAAGAGGAGACGAUGGGUAGAUAUCUGAGAGAACAACCCAAGACCUCACUGGAGUGCCGAAGUUACUCGGCCUCCACUGAUCUAGAACUGUUUUUGCAUGGCGUGGGCUUGGAGCACCUGGCAGAAUUACUGAAGGAAAAUGAUUUGACUUUGAGGCAACUUUUGUGUUUGGAAGAAAGAGAGCUUAAACAAUUGGCAGAAAUUACAGAUGAAGACUGUAAAAAAAUUAUGGCGGCAAUGAAAGAAGUUCAUGCUGAAGAGAGAAAACUUGAAAAGUUGCCAUCACUUUCAAAAUUGGAAUCAAGUGAUGAGCUGUUCACAUUUCUCUUAAAGCUGAAUCGUCAGUGUAAUGCUAUAACUCAAGCAGUGGUAACUGUAAGCAACCAAAUGCCUUCGAAUCCUCAAAAGGAAGUCUUGGAGUGGGAUUCUUCUCUAAAUUUUUGUACUGUUUGUGAAGACAUUCUCACAAGCGUUACUGAGCUGAAUAAAGAGAUCAGCAGACUUCAGGAUCUUUUAAAUAAGUUGGGCUGGGAACCAGUAGAUCCAGGAAUAAGACAGGGUCCAGGGAAGCUCAGUUACUUUGAAGCUACUGCCUUAUUUUGUAAGCCCUGA